UUCCUAGCCCCCUGCGGCGGUCGUCGUCGAGUCCUUUCUUUCUUCCCCGCGGAGGACGGAGCAGAGCAGAGCGACGCAGCGAGCGCAGCCGCCAUGGACCGCGUGCAGCUCGUGCUCCUGGGCCUCCCCAUCCUCCUCUUCUGCUCCGACGUCGUCACGCUCUUCGCGCCGCAGCCGCCGGCGGCCCCCAAGCCCCACCGCCACCCCCAGCCUGCCGCCGGCGCCUUCCAGCCUGGUGACUCCUCCCCCGACGCCGCCGAUUCCGCGCAGUUGGCGGAGGCGCAGGUGGAUGGACCUGGCUCCGGCACCACAGUCGAGUUGAAGUUCUGCGCGUCCUGCUCCUACAAGGGAAAUGCGAUGACCAUGAAGCGCAUGCUGGAUACCUCAUUUCCUGGGAUUCAUGUCGUCUUGGAAAACUACCCUCCACCCUUCCCAAAACGCGCCCUCGGCAAAAUGGUGCCUUUUGUUCAAGUUGGAGCAAUAGCAACAUUAAUGGCUGGUGAUCAGAUUUUCCCUAGAUUUGGGAUGGUACCACCUCCGUGGUAUUACUCACUGCGUGCUAAUAGGUUUGGAACCAUGGCAUCAGUCUGGAUGUUUGGCAAUUUUGCUCAGUCUCUUCUACAAAGUUCUGGCGCCUUUGAAGUUUACUGCAAUGGACAACUGGUCUUCUCAAAAUUAUCUGAGCAGAGGUUUCCUAGUGAGUUCGAGCUGCGGGAGCUCAUUGGCAACAGAUUAUCAGAUUCUCAAAUUGGGAAAAAUCUGGAAAAAGAUCUUGUAUUAGACGACGACGUGGAAAGCACCCAUGCUGAUUUAUCUGUAUCCACAGACAGAACCAAUUGAAAGUUCCACGUUUUACGGUCAAAUCACAUGCCUAUGUCUUCGAUCUUUUUGGAUACAUGACCUUUUUCUGUUUGUAAAUAACAUUUUACCGGCACUGAGGGUGUAUUACCAUGAUAUGACUGUAAAUCUCUCAUGACUAUCACAGAUUACUGUAGCUCCAUGAUUUGCUUGAAAGUGGAAACUAAUUUCAGCUCC